ACAUACAGACACAUGUAUACACACACACACACACACACGCACAGAGACACAUGUACACACACACACACAUGUACACACAUACAGACACAUGUAUACACACACAGGCACGUACAGACACGCACACACACAAACACUAUAAAAGUUGCAGUACUUCGUUGUUCACUCACAGAGCCGGGCACUGCACUCUAGGGGGAGGCAGAGAGCACAGCACACACUUCUUCCUUUGCUUUCACUGCGCACAGCUAUUGAGCAGUCUGACGGCUCCCAGUGCCAAUGAUAGAUCCGGCCUGAGCUCCGAGCCUGCUCAGCAAGACGGCCCUGGGGGACACACUCGCCCCCACUAUAAUUUCCAUUUGCCAUUGGCGAGCAGGCGAGUGGAAAUUUCAAGGCCUGCUCUA